AUGGAUUUUCCAGGACAUUUUGAGCAAAUCUUUCAACAGCUAAACUACCAGCGUCUUCAUGGUCAACUUUGUGACUGUGUCAUUGUGGUGGGGAACAGGCAUUUCAAAGCCCAUCGCUCUGUUUUGGCAGCAUGCAGCACACAUUUUCGAGCUCUCUUUACUGUAGCAGAGGGAGACCAGACCAUGAACAUGAUCCAGCUGGACAGUGAGGUAGUGACAGCUGAGGCCUUUGCUGCUCUGAUUGACAUGAUGUACACCUCCACACUCAUGCUCGGAGAGAGCAAUGUUAUGGAUGUCUUGUUGGCAGCUUCUCACUUACAUUUGAACUCUGUUGUUAAAGCAUGUAAACACUACCUUACUACGAGGACGCUGCCAAUGUCGCCACCUAGCGAUAGAGUUCAAGAACAAAAUGCACGUAUGCAAAGAUCUUUCAUGCUUCAGCAGCUUGGACUAAGUAUAGUGAGCUCUGCAUUAAAUUCCACCCAGAGCACAGAGGAACAACAAAAUACUAUGAGCUCAUCAAUGAGAAGUAACAUAGAACAACGCACUACUUUUCCUAUUCGGCGUCUCCACAAACGGAAACAGUCUUCUGAAGACCGGGCCAGACAGCGAAUCAGGCCUACCAUAGACGAGUCCAUCAUUUCAGAUGUUGCCCCAGAGAGCGGGCAGUCGGUAGUUCAUUCACGGGAAGAAUUUUUUUCACCAGAUUCACUGAAGAUUGUGGACAAUUCUAAAGCUGAUGUUGUGACUGAUAAUCCAGAGGAUAACACCAUUAUGUUUGAUCAGUCUUUUGGUGCCCAAGAAGAUGCCCAAGUGCCCAGUCAGUCUGACAACAGUGGAGGAAACAUUUCGCAAAUGUCCAUGGCAUCUCAAGCAACACAAGUGGAAACUAGCUUUGACCAAGAAGCUACUUCUGAGAAAAACAACUUUCAGUGUGAAAAUCCAGAGAUCAGUCUAAAUGAAAAAGAACACAUGAGGGUGGUGGUUAAAUCCGAGCCCUUGAGUUCCCCAGAGCCUCAAGAUGAAGUGAGUGAUGUCACUUCCCAAGCAGAAGGCAGUGAGUCUGUUGAAGUGGAAGGAGGAGUAGUCAGUGCAGAAAAGAUAGAACUGAGUCCGGAAAGUAGCGAUCGUAGCUUUUCUGACCCACAAUCUAGUACUGAUAGGGUUGGUGACAUCCAUAUUUUGGAGGUGUCAAAUAACCUGGAACACAAGUCUACAUUCAGUAUCUCAAAUUUUCUGAAUAAGAGCCGAAGUGGCAAUUUUGGUGCUAAUCAAAGUGAUGACAACAUUCCAAAUACAACCAGUGACUGCAGAAUGGAUGGAGAUGCCUCUUAUUUAAUGAGUCCAGAGUCUGGGCCUACUAAUGGCCAUUCCUCUGCUACUGUCUCUCAUGUCGAGAAUCCAUUUAAUGAACCUACAGACUCUCACUUUGUUAGACCUAUGCAGGAUGUAAUGGGUCUUCCAUGUGUACAGACUUCUGGAUACCGGGCAGCAGAACAGUUUGGGAUGGACUUUCCAAGGUCUGGCUUGGGACUACACUCUUUAUCAAGGGCAAUGAUGGGGUCUCCAAGAGGUGGAGCCAGUAACUUUCCUGGCUACCGUCGCAUAGCCCCCAAAAUGCCUGUUGUGACCUCUGUUAGGAGCUCCCAAAUGCAAGAUAGUACACCUAAUUCCCAGUUGAUAAUGAAUGGGACCAGUUCCUCUUUUGAAAAUGGGCAUCCUUCCCAGCCUGGUCCACCACAGUUGACCAGGGCAUCUGCUGAUGUUCUUUCAAAAUGUAAGAAGGCCUUAUCUGAGCACAAUGUUUUGGUAGUAGAAGGUGCUCGCAAAUAUGCCUGUAAAAUCUGCUGCAAGACUUUCUUGACCUUAACAGACUGUAAGAAGCACAUCCGUGUGCACACAGGAGAAAAGCCUUACGCCUGUUUGAAGUGUGGCAAACGAUUCAGCCAGUCCAGCCAUUUGUAUAAACAUUCCAAAACUACCUGCCUGCGGUGGCAGAGCAGCAACCUACCCAGCACUUUGCUUUAAUCCUUACCCCCAAGCCCAUACAAAUAAUGCCAAUACAAAUUGUAAGAAUGUGAACGGUGUCUGGAAUAUUAACACUAUUUUGUUCAAGACUGCAGGUUAAGAAGCUGCCGUUGUAGUAAACAUUUAAGUGUGAUCGUGUCCACCGUGGGACCCCCCCUACCCCCCCAAAAAAGUCUUGGUCCUGUAAAAUGGGGAUAAUACCAUACCUACCUCACAGGGGUGUUGUGAGGCUUAAACAACUGUUUGGAAGCGCUUUGAGAUACUCUGAAGGAGGCAUUAUAGAAGUAUUAAGUAUUAUUAUUAUUAUUAUGUGAAUGCAGGUCUUGGGCUCAUGGGGAUGCAAUCCCUAAAACCAAGUAGUUCCUUUGCUGUGGGGGAGGUGGGAGAGAAGAAAUAGGAGGGAAUGGGUGAAAAUGUAGCCAGCUCCUAAUUAUGUUAAAGUAGCGCGUUUCAGAGAUGAGAAACUGAAGUGCAAAUUUUUUUAGGAAUUUUGUAAAAUUGUGAAAGUGUUUUAAAUAAAUAACUUGUAAAAUAAGUUGAUACAUUAUGUAUAUGAACAAAAAUGCAAAGAGCUCUUUACUGUUACUAAUGCAGAUUGUUUUUCUUUAAGGAUAUGCAAUCUUGGAUACAUACACCUGUCUAUCACAAAAUGCUUUAAAAUGUUAAUUAUGAAAAUAGUUGUAGGGGUUCUGAAUGUAUUUUUGGCUGUUUUCCUGUAAUGGACACUGUUAUGAAGGUGCUUACCUUGAGUCCAAGACAAGUAGCGUUUGGACUGUUAGAUGUAUAUAUAGUUUGAAUACAGCAAGAUCUCUUAGGUGUUUCACCAUUUUUUCCCUGUAAAAACUUGUAAUGAGUGAUAAGUGAUGUACUGUUUUUGUACAUGCUAUUCUUAGCAGUAUUUUAACCAACUUGUAUUUCAUAUGUUAAAAUUCCAUAUACAUAGAUGUCUGAAAAGA